UUUACAUCUAGCAACACCAAUGACAGCCAGCGUUCCGUCAGCGUAGUAUCUUGUGAAAAAUAUCGAAAAUAAAGUGCUUUAUUCCUGUCUGUAUCUCUUUCUAUAUUAUAUACAUAGCGUAUUUUUAUAUUAAAAAUAUAUUGAACAUGCUCAGAUAGUGUAUAAACAUACAAUAGUGUAUAAAAGUGGAUGUAAAUGUUCGGACUCCAUUAUACAAUGAAAGAUGUCGUAUUAUUGGUGUGUGUACAGCCGUACAAAACGAAAGUGACUAGUUGACCGUGUGUUAUACGGUGGUUAUUGAAACACUCGACUGGUAUUAAAAUGGCGCAGACGGUGAGGAGAGCGAUUGAGGGCAGAUAUCCAUCCUGCUACAUACCCAAUAGGAUAAAAGAAAGAAGAGCUAAGGCAAAGGCACUGAGGUUAGAACAACAGCGGAAGCCUGACAAACCAGAAGACUUUGUCUGCUAUUCGGACAGCGACAGUGAAGAGGAAACUCCGACACAACAGCAUAGAAUAUUAUCCACAUCCUAUAACUUUGUUGAUUAUGUACGGUCAAGAGAAAUGCAGACCUCCGAGCCUCGCUCGGUGGACCCGUCGUACGCGACCCGCCACAUGCUCACACACGACAUGUUCCGGGAAACGCCCGUCAACCUCGGGAACAUGAACAAAGUGUUCUGUUCCCAGUGGCUGUCUGACAGACAAGUUGUAUUCGGAACUAAGUGUAAUAAGCUGAUGGUGUACGACGUGCGGCGGCGGGCGCUGGACGCGAUCCCGACGCUGCGGCCGCGCGCGCCCUGGCCCGGCCCCGACCACCAGACCGGCAUACACGCGCUACAGAUCAACCCCUCCAGAACGUUACUAGCCACAGGCGCUCGAAAUUCGUGUGAACUAGCGAUAUACAGCUUACCUACAUUAGACCCUGUUUGUGUGGGAGAGGCGCAUAAAGACUGGAUCCUGGACAUGUGUUGGCUGGACGACGAGUUCGUGGUGACGGGGUCCCGCGACUCCAAGCUGGCGCUGUGGCGCGCGCCCGCCGCGCCGCCCUCGCAGGCCAGCCAUCACUACGUGGCGCCCGUCUGUCUCAAGGAGUGCCGCUCAGGCCAGAAGGUCCGCGCGCUGACGUUCAACCAGCGCUGGCGGGAGAUCGCGGCGCUGACGCUGAACGGCUACAUCCACGUGUUCAACGCAGAGACCUUCCGCCAGACGCUCUCCCGCAAGCUGCCCUCCUGCCAGGACCUCGUCUGCUUAGCCACGCAGGAGAGCGGUGUGUACGCGAUCGGCUGCAAGUCGUACACGCUGCUGCUGGACUGCCGCACGCUGCAGUCCGUCAAGAAGAUCACGUCGCGGUACAACGGCUGCGGGAUCCGCUCCGCCAGCUUCAGGGGGAACAUGCUCACCAUCGGGACUGGGCUCGGUCUCCUAAUGUUCUACGACCUGCGCGCGGGCAAGUAUCUAGAAAGCAACAUACACUCAACGAAGACCGUCACGCUCAAGGCUUCGAGAGGCUAUGUGUUCCCUGACGAGGAAGCAGACGGCUUCAACCAGGUGAAGCACGUCCCCGCCAUCUACACGCACUGCUACGACGACAGCGGCACGCGCAUCUUCACGGCGGGCGGCCCGCUGCCCGCGCCGCUCAUAGGGAACUACGCCGGCCUCUGGCAGUAGCACUCACCCCAGCAGCUUGAUCAGCGGGAAACUAAGGCGGCCUGUGUCAGUGACACCUACCUUUACCUCACUGUAGGUAUACUUAAGCGAAGGCUAAAGAUAACCAUGCUAGCCCUUACCUUAUGUAGCUGUAACGAGAGAAGCCAGUCCAGAAUCAAAAGCGAAAACUUAUUGAAUCUCUCAAAUUUAUGAAAAUGCCAUUGCUAUCUAUCUUGCGCAUGACAUCAGUGACACCUUACAGGAACAUUUUGUCCAAAAUCCAUCUUCGGUAAAACUGUCGUUAAAAUAAUCGCACGACUCAAUUAAAAAAUGUCAUUUCCAUACAUUCGAGAGAUUCUAAUUGACACUUCUUCUGUCCUAAGGCUCGGGAACAGUGCGGAAUACUUGCCAUACGGAGGCCGAAGGGUAGUUUGUUGUCAACACCAAUAACGACUGUACCGUCACGAAGCAAAACUUAUUGCAACUACGAAAUUAUCAUCGUAUGUACGUACAUACUUCAAUUUGUAUGGAUUGAUUACUAUUUAAUAAUAUAAUCAGUCCAAUUUUGGUUUGGCUCUAUUCAAAUAUAUCCUUCGGUCCAUGCGUGUGGUCUUAGCAUAAUAAAUAACUAUAGUGAGACAAUUUUCGGCAUAGUAGAAAAUUACUGUUUUAUUGAACAGUAGUUUUUUUAUAUGGCAAUCUUUGAGCUAAACUACUACUAUAUAGGUAAUAGAUAAUUCUUUUUUUAAAGCUGCAAUGACAUCGUCUACGGGAAUAUAUUAAAGGACAUUUAGAUAGAUAUUUCAAUUAAGCAAACCAACUGCAAAAACUAGAUACUUUUUCCUUUAUAUGAAGAUUUUAAUAAUAUUUUUGCCAUUUAUUGCCCCCGUAUUUAAUGGUAGUACACUCACACAUUUUGCCUUGUACUGGUUUAAGUGUGCUAUAAAAAUAAUUAACGUUUAUAUCAAAAAUUAUCAAAUUCAUUGUAAAACAGCUUGGAACACAUUCUUUUUUAUUUAACCUCGUUUUAAAAUUUAAAAAUAAAUCUGUCAAUCAUCAUUAUUGUAUACUCUAUAGUUAUAAAGCGCAAUGGAUCUAAGAAUUCGAAAUACAAAACGUCUAUAUUGUGUGAUAUCAAAACAGUGCAUUAUAAAUAUGGUGUAAAUAAAAAAAAAGUUUAUUCAUAGUCUACUAUAGAAGUUAGAUUAAUUCGUAUUAAAAAUGAACCGAAACUACUGCCAGCUAUAGAGAUAAUCGCGGGAAAUUGUUCAGAAGUGAAACGAUGCGCGGUAUUUUAUCUGUAGUUAUAAAAAUUAUUAUAUUUUUUUAGGGCCAGCGCCACAUUUGAUUUUGAGAAUCGUUAAUUGUAAAAUUACUACUAAGAUCUCUAUAAAUUUUGUGACCCAGGACUCUUGCCAUUGUGGAAGCGAGACAGCAACUACUCUAAAUGUAGUGCUAUCUUGCUUUCACAACAGCAUCAGUCCUCCUAACAACGUAUAGUAAACGUGCAGAAAUUACUUACAAAUGUACUAUACAUUUUACCUGCGACGAUUGUCCAGUAAGAACGUGAUGAAGUUAUUAUAAUAAAGAUUGAAAUUAAAAUGCUUGGUUUGAUUAGAAAAGGAUAUUUAGACAUGUAAUUAUAUUAAAAAGGUUUAAAAUAUAAGGGUUUGGAUAUGUGCAGGUGUGUUGCCAUAGCAAUAAAGAGAUUUAUAAAUGAGUGCAAAAUUGAAGAAAAAAAAUACUAUUGUCGUGUUCGAGUGUAUAAAAAAGCAACUUAUUUUAAAAAUUAUUCAGAAAUUUUAAAUGUAAAUAUUUUAAAUAAAUUCGCGUCAUUUAUGUACCUGCUUUUAUCGCAGAAAGAUUACAUUUAAAAUUCAAUGUUCGGAUGCUUUUAAGCAAGCAAAAAAACCUUGAAUAAAAGUAAUUACGCAAAUUUCUUUAUCGAAUAAAUUUCUGCGGUAAAUAGGCAAUGUUCUCGGUAAUGCUGAUGCAGCGCAGAUUAUGUAAUAAUGUAUAUUUUAUCAGUUAGCCAAAAUAAGUGAUAACAUCAACCUAGCCUUGCUCCCGAAUACAUUGGGGUCGUCUUCCAAUCUUACCGGAUUUUCUCCGGCAUAAGAAAUUACCCUAUGUACCGAGGAAGUUAUAAAAUUGACAGAAGUUAUACUCUAUCGGGUACUUAAAAUGUUUAUAUAACCUUAGUGUCUUUCAUCUCAAAAAUUACAAAAACACCUUACUAAAUAACAACGAUUAUGAAAUCAAAUAUAAAAUUCAAAUAUUAUAUAAGUCGUUUAUUUAUUUAAUUUGUGUUUGUACAAAAAGACGCUAAGAUUGUUUAAAUUUUUAAGUAACUGAUAGAGUAUUGAUAUUAAACCUCGUUUCUAAAAAGCAAAUAUCACAAAAAGUUGUCCAUCAUUUGUCGAAGCUCAAAUGUGACUUACAGUUCAAUACUUUUUGUCAACCAAUCUGAUUUAUAUAAGUAUUUUUUGUCGCCAUAUUGCUUAACAUAUUACCAUAGCCUGCACUUCUGAAUGCUCACCUAUAUUCGACACCAACUUGAAGCUGUUCUUCUGCAUAGCCGAGGUCUGGAGUUUAAUUUAUCGGCGAAUUUUCUACAACUUUUGCGUCAAUUCGAAAGGCGAGUUUGGCUAACUGAUAAAUACAUUGGUUCGACUCAGAGAGAGAGGCUCGGUUUUGCCUCAUGCCUUUUAAAUAAAUCUUCAUGAUAAACACAUUUAAUAUGUAUUUCACUUUGCGUUUUAAUGCCGUAUUACCUCAGUAAUUAUAUAGACGAAACGGGACCGGUUAUUGUCGAAACUUGUAUAUAUUUAUAUAAUAUUCUUAGAUUUAAAUAUAAAAUUCUUUAUAUUUAACUGUAAUAUAGGAUUGUACAUAAUUGGCUGUCACAAAAUUUUUAUUGUAAUAUGGUAAGGUGGGGUACAAUGUUACAAAAAAAAAUAUACUGGAAUCUAAUGAGAAAAAUAUUGUAUUAAUCAGCUACUUUUUGGCAUGGCCAUAAACUUUAACAAUCUCUCUUUAAUUAAAAUUAAUCAAACAUGAACAAUAUAAGCAACUACUUAAUUUAAAUUGCACUUUAAAAAAAUCAGCCGAUCGUAACACUGAGCCCCGUAUCAGGGGUAGUCUUUUACAGGGUAAGGGGCACAAUGUUACAACAUAAAAUAAUGUAAAAUUAACAAAAUGAGAAACUAUUUAUAAAUAUUAAACUUCUUUAAAAUAUUUAUUGGGAAAGUAUAGACAUCAGUCUGACGUUUGGCCUUUCUUUCUGCAACAUUAACAAGAGGAAGCAAAAUUUUAAUAUCGUCUAACGAUAUCCGGUUCAAUAGGAAAAUGGAAAUGAUUGUCAACUUUGCCACUUCUACGUAAGUAGCUAACGUCAUAUUCAUUAUCCUCAAUAUCUGUCAGUAAUUGUCCAACAUAACGCUUUACUAGUUGUUUUCCAUCAAAUUACAAUAGACGACUACAAAAUCGUUCUUCGGUUUCACGAAGUGGCUUAGUGGCAGUUCGUCCACAGAUGUUAAACUAUCAGAGGAAGAUAUCGAGAUGUUUUCUACAUCAGUCUCAUCAUCACUAAAUAAAACUCUUUUAAUAUUUUCGUUUGUUUUCAGUCUCUUGUGAGGAAUUUCUUUUUUUUUCUGACAUAUUUUUCUUUCCUUUUCCUAACUAUUUGCGUUCUCUUUCCAAGGAUACUUUUUCAAUUUCAUUCUUGAUGGGUGUAUCAGUAGGAAUACAGCUUUUUCCUCUCUUUCUACUACGGUUUGUUUGUAGUCUCGGUGGUGUUUUUGGAAAAGCUCGACAUCCUAGGGGAGAAACAAGUGUUUCAUCUGGAGUAGAUGGAAAAGUGAUGACCGAAGAGUUUUCUUGAAGAGUUGAGUUUCAUAAGGUCGACUGGGACCGGGAGCAUUAGAAAGGUCUUCGAGUGGCCGAUUUGUUACUUCACCUGGCAUGAAAUCAUUGUCAGUAAAAAUGUGUCUAUCAAAUGGAAAUAUUUCCGUUUUUCGGAAUCCUGAUUUGAUAUUUGAGGGUGUCAUGGCUCGAUCGAAAGCUUAGCCUAACAAUGCCGCAAUAUUAUCGAUGGAGAUUGUCUUUCCAAGGUGACGCAUCAACCAGGAAUCUAUUGCUACGUUGUAAUAUGUUAACAGAGGGCCAAAUACUGACACAUCAAGUGGCUGCAAUGUGUGGCUUGAGUGUGGUGGUAUAGUUAGUAGACUAACUCCGUUAUCUUUUGCUAUGUUCAACACUGCAGGUGCUAGGUGCUAUCAUGAUUGUCAACUAUCAGUAAGGACGGGUUUUCUUUUGUGGAGGCUGUUACCUUUACAAAUUGUUUCAUGACUUCAGGAAACAACUCUAUUCAUCCAUCCGGUGGGUUAAGCAUGAAAGACUUGAAUUGCUUUCUGGGGAACACCAUUGCUGGAGGCAGUGCUGAUCCUGUUGCAGAUACUGUACAACACGUUGUAACUAGUGUGCCUCUCUCAGCACUUAUUACUUUGUUUAGCUGCAAUGCUAGCUAGCUAGCUCCCUUAGCUGCAAUGGUUUUUUUGGGUUUUUGUAAUAAAUUGUGUUAAUUGGCACUGACUGUUACACUGUCACACAGUGCCCCGGAGAGGCAAACCAAAUAAAAAAAAAUGGAAUAAAUAUUUUUGGUUAUGUUUACAACAAAAUAGUUAACGGUAAUAUGUAGCUAAAUAAACAUUAAAUAAAGGAUAACUACCAUACCAUACCUUAAUAUAUUACGUCCGGAAAGAAAUUAAAAACUUUAAAACUAUUUUUUCGUCAUUUAAUCACGAAAAAUAACAAACAAAACCUUUUUUGUUUGUUAUUUUUCAAGUACGGUACAAACUGUGGCGAUGACAACUGUUUAAAGGUGGCUGCUUGUGAGCUUGACAAACGUGUAUACCAACGCCAUAAAACUAAAAGAUAGGGACGGAGAUAUGUGCGUUGUCACAUUGUUCCCCCGUAACACUGGGCCCCACCUUACCCUACUUUAAAGUUUGCUUGUAAAGUUUAUUUUCGUUUGUAAACUGUCCCGUUUGCACGGCUACAUAGUUACAAACUUUCCGUAGUCAGUAUAUCUUAUAUUCCCAAAACUAUCUUGUAUAUAUAAUGUAAGAUAGAUAUUCUCUCAAUAGACAAGUCUCUUUUCUGACAGUUCUACAUAAUUUUUAGGGGUAUAAAUAGCCUAAUUAAUGGACGACUAGGUACUUAUUCUGAUUUCGGUUCAUAAGAUAUAAGAACUACGGACUAAUUAGUUAAUACUAAUUUAAUAGAGUUAACAUGAUAUCCAUAAUAUUAGCCUGUAAUUAACGGAUGUGUCCGUGUGUUUUUACAUAUAAUUUCUUACUAAAUAAUCCAUUAAAGGUGGAAAUUGUGACGAGUAAAAGACUUGAUAUGCUGAA